GCCAAGCACACGCGGACGAGUUUCGAAGGCGGGCACUUCCAUCGCCGGCUCCCUGACCCGGGCACGUGUGGCCGUCCCUGUCGCGUUCCCUCCCAGACUCAGAGACGCCGGCGCCGGCUCCGGAGAGGCAAGGGCUGCCCCCGACCGUCCCCUCCCGACCCCGGCCCAGCGACACCGCGACGCGCCCUGUGAGCUCCCGCCCGCAGCCGGCGAGUGGCGCCGUGCCCGCAGUCCCCUGUCCUCUGUCCCGCUGUCCGGCUGUCCCGCUGUCCGGGGUCUGUCCCGGCGUCCGCGGCCAUGGAGCCCGGCGAGGUGUGCAUGACCCAAGCCAUCCAGCCCGCGCACGCGGACGCCCGCGGCGAGCUCAGCGCGGGGCAGCUGCUCAAGUGGGUGGACGCCACGGCUUGCCUGGCAGCUGAGAGGCAUGCGGGGGUUCCCUGUGUCACAGCCUCAGUGGACGACAUUCAGUUUGAGGAGACAGCAAGAGUUGGGCAAGUUAUAACCAUCAAAGCAAAAGUUACUAGAGCCUUCAACACCAGCAUGGAGAUAAGUAUCAAAGUCAUGGUUCAGGACACGCUCACUGGCACGGAGAAACUUGUUAGUGUCGCUUUCUCUACGUUUGUGGUCAAGCCAGUUGGAGAAAAAAAGAUUCAUUUAAAACCAGUCAGACUCCUGACUGAACAAGAUCGUGUGGAACAUGACCUGGCUUCUGAGAGAAGGAAAGUUCGAUUACAACAUGAAGAUGCCUUUAAGAGCUUAAUGGAGGAAAGCAGCAAGUUUGAAGAUCCCAUGUGCAGUGAGGAGGAAGGGACCAUGACUGGUGCCACUGCCGUGCAGAGCAUCGAACUGGUGCUGCCGCCCCACGCGAACCACCACGGAAACACGUUCGGGGGCCAGAUCAUGGCGUGGAUGGAGACAGCGGCCAACAUCGCCGCAAGCCGCCUGUGUAGAGGACACCCCUUCCUCCAGUCCGUGGACAUGUUCAAGUUCCGGGGAGCCUCCACUGUUGGGGACCGGCUUGUUUUCAGAGCGAUCGUCAACAACACCUUUCAGACCUGUGUGGAGGUCGGGGUGCGUGUGGAGGCCUUCGACUGUCAGGAGUGGGCCGCGGGCCGGGGCCGGCACAUCAACAGUGCCUUCCUCAUCUAUAACGCUGUGGAUGACCGGGAGAAGCCCAUCACCUUCCCCAGGGUCAAACCCAUUUCCGAGGAUGAUUUGAGACGCUACCGCGGAGCAAUCGCUCGCAAGAGAAUCCGCCUGGGCAGGAGAUACGUUAUUUCCCACAGAGAAGAGGUCCCCGUCUCUACGCACUGGGACACGAGCAAGCAGGCUUCCCUGAGCGAUGGCAACGUGAAGGCGCUCAGAGAGCUGGCGGCCAGACCUGGCUGGGAGGUGACCAGUGCCUCGGAAAAGAUAAAAAUAUACACUCUGGAAGAGCAAGAAGUCCUAUCAGUUUGGGUUGAACAGCGUGUGAAAUGCCCAGCACACCUGGCUUACCAUCUCUUGUCUGACUUCACAAAGCGACCACUGUGGGACCCCCACUACGUGUCCUGUAUGGUCAUAGACCAGGUGAGUGAGGACGACCAGAUCUAUCACAUCACUUGUCCUAAGGUGAACGGAGACAAACCCAAGGACCUUGUCGUACUCGUGUCGCGAAGAAGGCCUCCCCAAGAUGGGGACACCUACCUGGUGGCAGCAAAGUCAGUGGUCCUGCCCACCGUGCCACCAUCUCCAGGGUACACCAGAAGUGAGGUGGUGUGUGCCGGCUUCCUCAUCCAGCCCGCCGACGGCAGCUCCUGCACCGUGUCUUACCUGAACCAGAUGUCAGCCAGCAUCCUUCCUUACUUUGCUGGAUAUCUCGGUGGCUGGUCCAAAUCCAUCGAAGAAGCAGCAGCCUCUUGCAUACAAUUCAUAGAGAAUGCUUCUGAUGAUACUAUAUUUUAAAUGGUCAACUUUCAAUUUCCUGUAAUUUAAUUUCCCACUUUAUUUCCAAGUAUCCUUGCUGGGUGUUGGAGUCACAGAGUGACUGACUUUCAACCCGAGAAAAAUACAGCAAGGAAGAGGUUGAAAACCAAGCUGCAUCUCAAUCCAAUCCCAGUGACUUGGCAGAGCAUUAAAAGAGUUUAAAACUCUUGUUUUGGAGGAUCCAGCACUCUGCCUCUUCCAGGGCGCAGAAACUGGAGAAUUGCCUGGAUGCAAAACAGCACGUUCUGUAAAGUGGUACAAAUUUAGGUAAAGUUAUCAUAAACAUGUUUGGGUUACACAGGGGCUGUGUGUGCUCUGGCUGAAAUUUUCCAAAGUGUAAAAUGAUGAUUUGCUAUAAAUUGAUUAACGUAUGGCAUGGUUCCGCACACAGCAGGUACUUGUGUGGCAGAGCAUCUGACAAGAGGUAUUACAUGUUUUAGGGCUUCAGAUUAGGAAGGCAUUAAAACAUAAUAGAACCCAAUCAAUUUUAGUAAUGGGAACUACUUUACUAGUGUCAUUUUACGUCUAUUCCAGUUGGUGGCCCAUUUAGUAUCUAGUGCUAUAGAUACACACACAAAGCAUCUGCAGAAUGUGAUAUUGCAGAGGAAGAGCACGUCAGCUGAGCCCUGCUCCCCUAACCCAAAGUCAGCACAUCAUCCCCUCGACUUCAGCCCCCAUUAUUCCACACUGCCAUUUGUCAUCCAGAAUACUUCAAGUUAGCCCCCUCGAAAGGCCAGCGUUGAAAAGCUGAAGGAGUUUUCCACUAAAGUUUAGAGUGCUUACCAGAUGAGAUACACCCAGCUGUUAGUUUGCCAAAUCUCAUUUUCUCCCUCUUUGCUUGCCAUGUUGCGGGUCAGACCCAUGGCCUGGUGCCUGCUGGGCAAAUGCUCUCCACCCUCGGCGCUAACUUUCCCAAUCUCCACCUUUCCUUCCCACGUCUCCCACCCACACAGCCUGUGCCUGGUCACGAUUAGUUUUGUUGGUCUGUGUCAAGAGGUUUUUGUGUGUAUGAACUCUGGGCUGUGCUGCAGUUGUAUGAAUUAAUAUUUAUAUACAAUAAAAGUAGAUGCAUAAAUUAUAAUGAUUAUUCACUACAUUCCAGCUGUAAAAGAGGAUUUUUAAGAAUUUUUCUUAAAAGUGCAAAACCUUUCAGACUUUUCCUGUAAUUAAGACACAUCUACAGGCUGUCUGCCUAGCCUUGGUCUUUGAAUUUAUAAGGGCUGAACUUUUCAUCUGAACAAGAUUAGAACUAUUCUGAGGCUGAAGUGAGUAACUUCAGUGGAGUCUCUGUGAGAUGUGAAAAUGCGGUCCACUGUGGACCCUCUUAUAAGAAGGACAUGUUCUAAGACCCCAGUGGAUAACGAAGCCCACGGCAGCACAGAGCCCUCCCGUCCUCACACACAUAUACCUAUGGCGAUGAACGGUGAUAAAUUGGGCACAGUCCAGUAUUCACCGCAAUAAGGAAUGGGAAAAUACAACAGAGACCGUAUUCCAUAAUAAAAGUUAUACAGUGUG